CCGGUGUUUGAUUCGAGCCACUAUGGUGGCCUCCUUGUUCCAACCCGUCCUCGUUUUUUUUACCCAAGUUAAGGAUCACUAGUUAUUUUAAAGGUGUUCAUGUUCCGUGCAGCUGCACUAAAGAACUUCGGUAAAGCGGGAACCAGCUGGCACUUUGGCCGGACGAUGGACGAGCUGGUCCAUGACUUGGUGUCAGCGCUGGAGGAGAGCUCGGAGCAGGCUCGUGGCGGUGGCUGCAGUGCCAGCCUUGACCUUGCACUGCCUGCUGGGCGUAUGCUCAAACGGCACGCUCGUAAACGCCGUGGAAGGAAGCGCCGCUCGGAGAACGGCACCCGUGCCGCACUUGGCCACGCCCCUUGUCACACAAGCCACGCCUCGGACUCCAGCCUGGACGAGCACAGAGACACACGCCUGUCCUCUAGCUCUAAUGCCAACGCUAACAACAGCGACUCGGACGAGCAACUCGGUGCCAAGCGUGGCAAGCGGCCUCCGUGGCACGACGAUGCAGCAGUCACCGAUGCCAACCGGAGCCUUCGGAGAAGGCGCAAAGUCAAGCGCAUGGCCAUCGACCCGCCGCCGGAGUUUUCGCCCAAAUCAGCAGGAGGGAGCAGGGAGGAGGGGACAGUGAAUGACGCAGUGACUAAAGGCAGAGUGAAGAAGAGGAAGCUGGCGCUGGCACACCGGCUGGCACUGGAUGCCGCAGACGAAGGCGUGGUUGUGGAGAGCGAGGAAGCAGGGCUUUCUGGGAAAGAAAAAAUGGACUUUGAGGAGCACAAGUGUUCCGAUGAAGACAUGAGUGACAGGUGUGAAACCAGCAGUGUAAGCAACAGCAGUGAUGGAGGUCUGUUCACCAAUGAUGAAGGGAGACAAGGUGACGACGAGCAAAGCGAUUGGUUCUACGAGGGUGAGGCAGGUGGUGCUUGUGGCAUUGCAGGUGUGGUCCCGUGGUGGGACAGGGACUCUAACGAGCUGGACCUAAAUGACCCAGUGUUCAACAGUAUCCUCACAGGGGCCUUUCCUCUCAUGUCCCAGGGAGCACAGCGAGGGUUUCAAGCCAGGUUGGCUCGACAUGCUCCACUGCGGCAGUCUCAGGGCGUCUCUCAGGUAGCUGGAUGUGCUGAGAGAAUUCCCAGACUGUCUCAGGAUCCUCACACACACGAGCCUUGGUUCAGUCCCGGAUCCAGACGUGAACAGGUGAGACGUGAACAGUGUCACUGGGAUUCGAGAUCGGACCGAGGUCAUCGGAGAAGCUGCUCACUAAAGACCGCCAGCAGGCAGACAAGUGGACAUCUUGGCUCAUUGUGUACCGGAGACAUUAAAAGGAGACGCAAAGCUGCACCUAUGGGAGCUCCCUUAUCUACAGGUGUGGUAGGAGAGGGAGUGUCUCCAAUCCCAGACUCCAAUGUGGGGAACCGGAUGCUGCAGAACAUGGGCUGGUGCCCCGGAAUGGGCCUCGGGCCCGAGGGACGAGGCAUCACCGAGCCGAUCCGGUGCACACAGAGGCCCAAAGGCGCAGGGCUCGGCUUUAACUGAGGUCUGAGCUCGACGCAGAGACAGACUCUGAGCUGUCUGUUAUAAAGAUGCUGUCUUCCAGCAGGGGGCAGCACUGAGGCCAAGCUGGACAGACGCACGAACAGGGGAAGCAACGAAAGAACAGGAACACGAGAUGAGGCCGCUCGUUCCCCAGCUAGACGGAGAGCGUUGAAUUUUGCACAAAAACACAGUGUCAUAUCUGUAGCACCGAUUUAGCUGCUGUCAUAUUUCACCUCACGCCAUAUUCCUCCAAUCCCAAGCCGUGUCCUAAUUUAAAUACUUUGCCAAUCGUAUGGACUUAACAUGUGCUACUACUAUAUGAAAUGUAAACCUGCCAGAACCAUGAGAUACUCUGCAUGAAUUAUUCCAAGCGUUAUAUAGAUGCUGAAGGACGGUUGCCAGGAUGUGCGUGUAAAUUACAGAUCUGUCUUACUUGUUUUCAGCGGUAUUUUUAUUUCUAAAAAUAAUUUUUUUAUCCGAUACGUAGCGUCCCGAUAUCAACCGGCGAGGUCGUAGCCUAACACACGCCCAGACCAACCAUCUCAUUGCAGUUCGCCCUCUUCCACAGACGCACGUGAUUGGUCAGCGUUGGGCUGAUUGACAGAAGAGUGACCAACACUGUCCCUCCCACUCACGGCCAUGAACUCUUUAUCUUCUGACUAUAAAGGGAAUACAAAUAAAAAAGUAAUAGCACCCCUCAAAGAAAUAUAAAACCAGUACCAUUUAUUUUAGUCCUUAGAAAUAGGAAAACGUUCCCAGUUCCAUUUUAAGAUCAUCCCUUUAAUGUGUAAGUCUUUUGGAUUGGGAAUCUUUACACCGAAUGGUAUUUCAGUUCAUGAAUAUAGAACGAAUCUCCGUUCUAUACAUGAUGUUUUUAAAUAACAUCACCAUUUAGUUCUUUUUUUUUUUUUUUUUGGCACUUUUAGCAAGCGCAAGACCAAGUGAAAAGACCAGAGCGCAAAUAUUUUGUCGACGAAGCUUGCAAUUUACCUGAUAAAUUUAUUACAAGUCAACGUAAUUAUCAUUCUUAUUGCUAUGACUUGUUUUACAAACACUUUGUAAACUUUUCAUUCAAAAUACCUUUACAUUAAAAAAAAAUAUACAUUUUAGGUAUUAUGUGGAUCUGUGUAUCCAGGAAUAUAGUUUAAAUUAAGAUUCAAGAUACAUCAAAGUUUUUUCUUUUCUUUUUUAAAGAAGUGUUCGUUGAAGUCUUUCGCGUCUAGAUUUAUCUUCGCCCGUUUCUAAGUGAUGAUGUUGCACAGAAUCGCUGUAUAAAGUACAUCUUAAUCACAAAGGUGCUGAUUUGGGAUCAGUGUUUACUCCUGUGUGUGCUGGUGUGCUGUAUGUCAUGACAUGCAGAUUGGCUCCAACCGGCGACGUGAUCUCAGGAUCGUGAUACAUGUGAUUGAUGACGUUCUGCUCUUCGGUUGCUGCGUUUUCCUGUUUAGAAAACGUCUGAAUGUUUUUUUUUUUUGGGCCAGAAAAAGUGACUGGUAGUUGGAGAUAGAUUUGCUCAGAUCUUUACAGCUAUACAUGGGUUUUGUAAAAAGGUUCCAUUUUGUAUUACAGACCAGAAUGCUGUUCUCCAAGUAAAAGCUGAUAUGAAUAAAACCAAGAAACCUC